CACAGCAAUCGAUGAGAGUGGAGGGGGAAUACAUGGUGGAAACGUUUGUGCAAGUGUAUACCUACCAUCUACCUAGUUUCACGAAAAAAUAGUUAUUUGUUCGUUUUUUUUUGCGUUAGUUAUCUAAUAUCGGCCGAAAGUGGUUAAGUUCGCCAACCCUUGCAAACAAUCGCGAGAAGUUUGAUAGACCGAUGCAGUUUUUUGGUGUAAUUUAACAUUUCCGACCGAUCCAGAGUGUAUUGUGUGACUUAUGUUGUCAUUUUCGUGACAAUUGUAUGAUGUGAUCGGUUCGGUGUUAAAAAACAGUAGUUUCACAUGGUAAAACGCCGAAAUUCGUGUAAUUAUGCUAUAGACUAAAUAGCAAAAUGACAACAAGGCUAGAAAAACAAAGCAAUGGUUCUAUUAAGAGCAAUCCUAGUGGCUCUAAAGGUUCUCCAAUAAAAUGUAACAACUUUCAAUACAAGGAGGAAUGUUCGGAGUUCGAAAUUCCUCCAGAAGCCCCAGUUUUUUACCCCACCGAGGAGGAAUUCCAAGAUCCCCUGGCUUAUAUUAGCAAAAUUCGACCAACAGCAGAAUGCACAGGAAUAUGCAAAAUUAAACCACCUUCGAAUUGGCAACCCCCAUUUGCAGUCGAUGUGGAUAAAUUGAGAUUUACCCCCAGAAUACAGAGACUUAACGAAUUGGAGGCCAAAACAAGGGUAAAACUUAAUUUUUUGGACCAAAUCGCAAAAUUCUGGGAAUUGCAAGGUUCCUCCCUAAAGAUUCCUAUGGUAGAAAAAAGAGCUUUGGAUCUAUACACUUUACACAGAAUUGUGCAAUUAGAAGGUGGUUUUGAUUGUGCUUCCAAAGAAAGAAAAUGGUCGAAAAUAUCCAUCCGUAUGGGUUAUCCCCCAGGUAAAAGUAUCGGUACUAUUCUUAAAACACACUAUGAAAGAUUGUUGUACCCCUUUGAUGUUUUCAAGCAAGGAAAAACCGUAAAUAUUAAACUUGAAGAAAAUACGGAGGAGGUGGAGAAAGCUGACAAGGACUACAAACCACAUGGGAUUGUAGGAAGAAUGGCCAUCAAACCCCCUCCAGAAAAAAAUGCAAGGAGAUCGAAACGUUUCGAAAAUGAUGAUAGCAAGACUGAUAAUUUAGCGCUUAAGAUUAAGGAUGAAAAGUGUGACGACGACGAUUUAGACAAUAAGGAACUAAAACGCCUGCAAUUCUACGGGGCCGGACCAAAAAUGGCGGGUUAUCAAGAUAAAAGAGAGGGAAAGCACAGAGGCAAGAACCUCAACUUUGAUUUUGACCCGGUAAGUACGUCUUAUCUGGCCAAGUAUGUGUGUCACAAUUGCAACAAGGGAGAUGCCGAGGAGUAUAUGUUGUUAUGUGAUGGUUGCGACGACAGCUAUCAUACUUUUUGCUUGAUGCCUCCACUAACUGAAAUCCCGAAAGGCGAUUGGAGAUGCCCGAAAUGCGUUGCAGAGGAGGUGUCGAAACCCAUGGAGGCUUUUGGGUUCGAGCAAGCCCAAAGAGAGUACACAUUGCAGCAAUUCGGAGAGAUGGCCGAUCAGUUUAAAUCCGAAUACUUCAACAUGCCUGUGCACAUGGUACCCACUAGCACUGUCGAGAGGGAAUUUUGGAGGAUCGUCUCUUCGAUCGACGAAGACGUGACAGUCGAGUACGGGGCAGAUUUGCACACUAUGGACCACGGUUCCGGAUUUCCGACGAAAACUUCCAUGAAUUUGUUUCCGGGCGACAAAGAGUACGCCGAUUCCAGCUGGAAUUUGAACAAUCUUCCGGUCUUGGAGGGCAGUGUCCUCGGCUACAUUAACGCUGACAUAUCUGGCAUGAAAGUGCCAUGGAUGUACGUUGGCAUGUGCUUCGCCACAUUCUGCUGGCACAACGAGGACCACUGGAGCUACUCCAUCAACUACUUGCACUGGGGCGAAGCGAAAACCUGGUACGGCGUGCCCGGAAGCAAGGCGGAAGCGUUCGAGGAAACGAUGAAAUCCGCAGCGCCCGAGCUGUUUCAGUCGCAACCGGAUCUGCUGCAUCAGCUGGUCACCAUCAUGAACCCCAACAUCUUGAUGAAAGCCGGCGUGCCGGUCUACAGGACCGAUCAGCAUGCCGGAGAGUUUGUCGUCACCUUUCCCCGAGCCUAUCACGCCGGAUUCAACCAAGGGUACAACUUCGCCGAGGCGGUUAAUUUCGCGCCGGCCGAUUGGUUGAGAAUGGGACGCGAAUGCGUGUUGCACUAUUCGCACUUGAGACGUUUCUGCGUUUUCUCUCACGACGAGCUCGUCUGCAAGAUGGCGCUGAACACUGAGAAGCUAGAUCUAACUAUUGCUGCUGCCACCUAUCAGGAUAUGCUCCACAUGGUCGAUUCCGAAAAACGACUAAGGAAAAAUCUGCUCGAUUGGGGUGUGACUAAUGCGGAAAGAGAGGCUUUCGAGGUACUUCCGGACGACGAAAGGCAAUGCGACGUGUGCAAAACGACUUGUUUCCUGUCUGCGAUGACUUGUUCGUGUUCUCCGGACAUUCUCGUGUGCCUUCGGCAUUACAAAAACCUGUGCGAAUGCCCGGCAAGCAAGCGCACGUUACGCUACCGUUACACAUUGGACGAGCUGCCCGUGAUGUUGAAAGCGUUGAAACUAAAAGCCGAAUCGUUCGAUCACUGGGUAAGUAAAGUAAAAGAUGCUUUAGACCCGAAAACGCCGAAGACGAUGAACUUGAACGACCUGAAGGAUUUGCUUAGUGAAGCUGACGGCAAAAAAUUCCCCAAGUCCGAUUUGCUUCAUACCCUCACGAGCGCCGUCGAGGAUGCGGAGAAGUGCGCAAGCGUCAUCCACCAACUCGAUCUAAACAAAAUGCGUACACGAACGAGAAAUUCCUCCGACACCAAGUACAAGUUAACUGUUGAAGAGCUGACGCUUUUCUGCGAGGAAAUAGACAGUUUGGCUUGUAUUCUCGAAGAAGCUAAAAGUAUACGCGAGCUGUUGGACGAAACGAAGAAAUUCGAAGCCGACUCGAACCGUUUGCUGGCUCUGCCGCUCUCGCAGUGCAAUCUGACGGAACUCGAAGCUUGCAACAAUCACGGCAAUGGGCUUUGCAUCGAGCUGCCGAAGCUAAAGAAUGUCGCCACGAGAAUGAAGCAAGUGCAAUGGUUGAAAGACGUGGUCACUUACAAAAAGAAGACCGAAGUGCUCGGCUUGGAUUCCAUUAAAAAUUUGAUCGAGCAGGGCACUCAGUUGCCCCCUAAUUCCGAGAUGGAGGAGGAGCUGGCGAAUUUGCAGCUUAUUUUGCAACAGAGCGAGGAGUGGGAGAAAAAGGCCGAUCAAGUAUUAAAAUCUGAGGAUAAUAAUGUUUUAAUCCAAGUCGAUAAGCUUCUCAAGGAGGCGUCGAAGAUAACCUGCUAUUUACCUUCUGAAGGGCACUUGUACGAUUCCAUGAAAAAGGCCAGGGAUUGGUUGAGGUUGUUGGAGGAAAUGAAUUCGGCCGAAUAUUACCCCUAUUUCAACGCAAUGGAGGAUUUGAUUAAGAAAGGCCGAUCGCUGACUCUACACUUGGUCGAGGUCGACAAAAUGAACGACUACUUGGUGUUGGCAACCAAUUGGAAGGAGAAGACCAGCAGGGCGUUUUUGCGCAAAAAUUCCGCGUGCAAUCUAAUGGACGCACUGUCCCCGAGAAUCCAAGCCCCAAGUACAACAAAAGCGCGUAAGCGCUCGCAAAAUCACGACGAAGAAUCCAGCAUUUCCCUCACCAACUCCAUGGACCCCGCCACCGUGGUGGCUUUAUUCAAAGAAGCCGAAGACACGGAAAUGGAAAUGAUCCGCAAAUUAAGGCUGACAAACAGUGAAAAAAGUCUGGAUCCCGCCGAAGGCAACACCUUCUGCAUUUGCAAUAGAAGCGUUCACGGCGUGAUGAUGCAGUGCGAGCUGUGCAAAGAUUGGUUCCAUUCCAGCUGCGUGCAGCUGCCCAAAAUCUCGAUGGCCAAGUACAAGGGCAACUUCACCAGCGUGGCGUUGCACUUGGGAUUCAAAGACUGCAAAUACAUGUGCCCGAAUUGCUAUCGAACAAAACGGCCUCGAUUGGACGUCAUCCUCGGGCUUUUGAUGUCGCUGCAAAAACUUUAUGUUAGAGUGCCGGAAGGUGAAGCUUUGCAGUGUUUAACGGAAAGAGCGAUGAAUUGGCAGGACCGGGCGCGGCAGCUUCUGGCGCAGUCGGAGUUGGAGCAAGCCAAAAACAAACUGGCUUCUUUCAGUCAGAAAUACAGCGAGGCUGCGGCCAGACAGAGAACCGAGAAGAUCAUUUCCACGGAGUUGAAGAGGGCGUAUAAAAACCCGGAGUUGCACCAAAGAGUACAGGAGAUCGCUCCUUUUAGCGGUCUUGCCGUCAACGAUGAGGGCGUUCAGGAAGCCUCAGCGUUCAAAGAAACAACGGCGGUCAACGAUUCGGAUUCGGAAUCGGUUAAAGAAGGUGAAGACCGAAUGGGCGAGCACGCGUAUUCCUUGCAUCUACCCAAAGUGGACCAAGAGGAGUAUGUUCUUUCUUUGACUCCAGAUAUGAAGAGGCAAGUGGAGGAGCUCCUGAUGGAGGGGGAUUUGUUGGAGGUGUUCCUCGACGAAACUUUCACGCUGUGGAAGUUGAUUCAAGCUUCCAGAGAUCCAGAGAAGGAUCACAUCCUUAUUGACUUCGACGCCCAACUGAAGGCGACGCCAAAGAAACGUGGCCGCAAACGUCUGUCGGAAGACGCCGGGUCAUCGGACAAAAAAGGUUCCGUGAAGCAGAGUAAAGUGGAGGGCGGCGAGAAAAAGAUGCGCGGCCGCAAAGUGAAAGAGGGCAACGUGAACCCGAAGAAGAAGGACGCUGCAGGCGGCGGCGGCGGCGGCGUGAAGCGCCGCGGCAGACGUCGCCAGUCGACCGGCAGCGACGAGGAGGACGACGUCGAGAGUUGCGCCGCGUUGGGCUGCCUGAAGCCGCUGGGCCAGAACGUCGAUUGGGUGCAGUGCGACGGCGGUUGCGAACAGUGGUUCCACAUGGACUGCGUCGGUCUAUCGGCCGAGGACAUUAACGAGGACGAGGACUACAUCUGCAACACCUGCUCGCAAAACACCACCUACGACGCGGACAGCCGGUCCAACAGUCCGGUGUCGCCCGACUCCACUCAGCCUUCCACUUCCGGCCUCGACGCUUGUUAGUUGCUCCGGCGAAAACAGUUUGGUUGAAUCAUUGUUAAAAUCGCGUCUUUAAUUAAUAUCUUUUGACUGGCGGAGAGGCUAUAGCCGUUGUUCGCGGAUAACUGUAUCCGCGAACAAAACUAUUGUGUUCAAGUUUAUAAUUAAUAACGUCCUCUAAAAAUUGCUAGUCAAAAUUUAUUAAGGUCGAGUUUAAUUUAUCGACGACGACGGCAACUUGAAUUUGUUUGUCGGACAGACUAGAAGUAUUUUAGUAUUAUAUAUAGAUGUAUACACAGUUCAUUUGUGAUAAUUUUAAAGAUAAGAGUGUAAAAUAUUUUAUUUGUAUCACUUAAUGUAUAUUUUUUGUCUUUUACUUUAUUUAUCCUCAUUUACAUUUUUCAUUGUAAAUAAGAAUUCAUCUGAAUAUCCUUUAACCUUUAUGCAAAUUAUAGAUAUAUUUUUACCUGAAGAAUCACAAAUUUAGACUUUUUUAGUGAAUAAAAUAAAAAAUAUAUCCACAUUACUACAAUGUGAAUAUAAUUCAUAUGCAGAAACACUAUUGGAAUGUGGUAUUACAGUAAUAUUAUAUUUAGCUGGUUAUAUAUUAGCAUAACAUAUGCUUAUCAUAUCAUUUUUGUUUGCUUUUUUGUUUGUUUAGUCAGAAAAAAAUAUUUCUGUUUACGUAAAUAUUUAUUACAUGUUACAUCUGUGUCAGUUUUUACUAACUUGAUGGACUAAAAAUUUAGAAUACCUUUUAUUUUUUAUAUUUUCUUUAUGUCUUAUUUUA